ACGCGAUUCAAACUUUCGAAUUCCGAACACUUUAUUACUGGCCAGUGUUUCAAAUUUUUGGUUUGUGUUUUUUUUUGUGUAAAAUGCGCUUGGACGUAGUGAUGAAGUGGGAUAUACAGUUGGUAGUGCUGGGAGUUUCAGUGUUGUUUCGGUGCACGGAUUCCAUCGAUUUGCCAACGUUCGUCGGUCCAGGAUCCAACGUGACAGUAGCUGUAGGCAGAGAUGCAUCGCUCACGUGCAGAGUCGACAACUUACAGUCUUUUAAGGUGGCGUGGCUCCGCGUAGACACGCAAACCAUCCUCACCAUCGCCGGUCACGUGAUCACCAAGAACCACCGCAUCAGCGUCGGUCACGGCGAUGGCACCUGGACACUGGGGCUGAAGGACGUAGGACCCAGUGACGGCGGGAGAUACAUGUGUCAAGUCAAUACUGAGCCUAUGAUGAGUCAGACCCAUCGGCUGCAAGUUGUUGUACCACCAGAUAUCGACGAUGACGCCAGCAGCGGCGAGAUCCUGAUGAAGGAAGGUGAAGAAGCAGCGCUGAGAUGCGUGGCAUCGGGCACCCCGCCCCCCACCAUCGUUUGGAGGAGGGAGGACUCUAGGCACUUUAGGAUUAACAAUUCAACGUUAGUGUCUAAAUGGAACGGCGAGUGGUUGAACUUGACCGGCGCUGAGCGCGCGGCGUCCGGCGCUUACCUCUGCAUCGCCAGCAAUGGCGUCCCACCGUCUGUGAGCAAGAGGAUCAUUAUCAAGAUGAUGUUUGCCCCCUCAAUCUGGGCAGGACGAGUCGCCAUUCGCGCGCCGGUCGGCAGCGCUGUCACCCUCACAUGCACAGCCGAGGCGUUUCCAGUGCCACUAGUCUACUGGACGCUGAACGACCAGAAGCUGACUAACAGUUCAAAGCACAGGAUGACGGUGUCUUCCCGUGGUUUCCGGCACUCGCUAUCGCUCCUCGUCGCCGGCGUUUCACGCGCCGACGCGGGCGCGUACCGCUGCGGCGCCGAAAACGCCUACGGUCGUGCACAUGCUGAACUGCUGUUGCACACAUUAACAACGACAACGACGACAACGACAACAACAACAACGACAACCACAACAACAACUACAACUGCGCCACCACCCACCACCACUAUAUUAUAUGAUGUGGAGCAACAUUUGGAGCAGCUACAUCGAGGGGUCUUGGAAGAUCCAGCUCUGGGGGACCCUUACAUCGUGCUGAGCCAACACCAGAUGCAGAACCUUGACAUGGCAACAACGAUAUGACCGGAAGCCGGGCGCGGGUCCCCCUGGCAUGAGGGCUGGCCCCCGCUCGCCGGCAGCGCCCCACGCCCACUCUGGGCCCCCCUACUCCUUCUCUGGGGCCUCACGUUCGCCCUGCUAGCCGCGUGAUGGUGCGCACACAUAGACUUAAGGCCCAUUUAGACGGCGCGCAAACUCUUAGGUACCGUCACUGUCAGAUAUAUCGGAACCUGUGAAGGUAAAUUUAAUUGAAGAGCAGGGCUCUUGGUGCAAUGAUGAAGUUGUCUCCACGUUGGUCGAUCCAAAGCCAGCCUUUUAGUAUCCUAAUUAAAUACGAAAUAAGAGGGGUGUUUACAUGUUUGUGAGGGCCUUGGCAGCUACGAUAUAUCAUGGCGAUUGUAUAUUGCGGACUAUUGGAAUCACAGUUCAAGUGACUGAUCAAAAUAGUAUGUGUAUGAAGUUUCGUACCGUCUAAUUAAACCCUUAGUUAUAGUUACUGUUGUGUUUGUAAAUGAUUUAAAAUUUGAUGGUUAUGUUGAUAAUAUAAAAUAUAAAUAGUUUAACAUGUUAGGAGAGUGAUGUAAAUGAGACAUUUUGAAUGUAUAUCGAUUCCAUUAAGAGUAAGUCUAAGUCAGUAAUGUUAAUAUUCAUCUGUUUAUAUGUGAGACACGAACCAGCAUUGUUAUAAUAUUAUGUAAAUAAAAUCAUCUUUUGAACUGGAGUCGAUAAUAUUCUGCGGGCGUGUAACGACCAACAAAAUUUAUACGGUAAGGUGCAGUUAUAGUAAGAACUUCUUGUGGACAUUAAAAAAUGAAACGUACUUAAGGGUGCUUUCAAAAAAACGUC